CUUUCAUGCGUAAAGUAACUGACAUUUAUUGAGCCUCAUAAACAGCCUAAUAAAGGCAAAACACAUACACACUUUCUCUCUUUCUACUUCUUGAUCAAAGUGGUCUCUCUCUCUCUCUCUACUUCUUGAACAAAUCAGUACAGAGCAGAAGACAUGUCGGACGACGAGAGAGGUGAAGAGUACCUCUUCAAGAUCGUCAUCAUCGGAGACUCCGCCGUCGGCAAGUCCAAUCUCCUCACCCGCUACGCUCGCAACGAGUUCAACCCCAACUCAAAAGCCACCAUAGGCGUCGAGUUUCAGACUCAGAGCAUGGUCAUCGACGGCAAGGAGGUCAAAGCUCAGAUUUGGGAUACCGCCGGUCAAGAACGUUUCCGCGCCGUCACUUCCGCUUAUUACCGUGGCGCUGUCGGAGCACUCGUCGUCUACGACAUCACUCGCAGCUCCACGUUCGAGAACGUUGGUCGCUGGCUCGAUGAACUCAACACUCACUCUGAUAGAACAGUAGCGAAGAUGCUUAUUGGGAACAAGUGCGAUCUCGAGAGCAUUAGAGCAGUGAGUGUUGAGGAAGGUAAAGGCCUUGCGGAGUCUCAUGGUUUUUUUUUCAUGGAGACAUCAGCGCUUGACUCGACCAAUGUGAAGACAGCUUUUGAGAUGGUUAUUCGUGAGAUCUAUAGUAACAUUAGUAGGAAGCAGCUUAACUCUGAUUCUUACAAAGAGGAACUAACUGUGAAUCGGGUUAGUUUGGUCAAGAACGAGAACGAAGGGACAAAGACGUUUAGUUGCUGUUCGAGUUAACGUCUCUCUGUAACCUGUUUAUGUUGUGUCCUGAGGGUUAUAACUUAUAGAAAGAUCAAAGACAUUCUUUUGGUUAUCAAUUGAAGUUAAAAGCAAAAGAGAGAAAAGUGUUUUGAGUUUCUUUGUUAUAGAGAUACAAAAGAAGUGUAAGAAAAUUCCAGUUUGGUCUGUGUAUAAGUUAUGUUCUCAUUUCUACACGUAACUCUUGUAAAC